AGUUUAGGUUGCGCUCGGGCCGCAAGGGCUGGGCAGCGCGGCGCAGCGCUGCUCAGUGCAGGUGGCUGCAGGUGUCCCGCUGCCCUGGCCCUCAGGGUAGGUUGCACCGCGGGACUGGCGGGGUGGGGCGGGGCAUGAGAGUGGGAGGGAGUCGGGCUGCCAGCCCGCUUGCCUGUCUGUCCGGCCCGGGGCGAAAGGGCUGCAGGUGGAGGGCGGGCCAUGGCGGUGCCCCUGGCUAGGGGCGAACGAGGCGCGAGAGGCGGCUGCUUUGGCUGCGGCGAAACCCACGGACCCCGGCGGCUGAGCCUGCUGUAACGUGGAUGGACGGCACAGCCCCUUCCCUCUCUGCCAUCUGCAGCAGGAGUGAGGAGACGCCCCUGUUCACAAUGAGAAAGGACCCCCAGCCCCUGCGUCUGAUGUGGCUGCUUUGUUUCGGAAUGUCUUAACCCAGACGGCUUUAUGAGGGUGACCAUGGCCACGAAGGUAGAGGUCAGCCCGCUAACGUCCCUUGGAGCUGUUCCCAACUUAAACGAGAUUGCCAAGGAAGACAAAUUGCAAACGACCUACUAUCACCCAGGCAGCAAAGUCCCGGCCUCUCCUCCAGUGAUGGUGUUGGCAGGGACGCGGAAUCUUGGGACUCCAUCGAGAGCACUCCCUGGGCCCCGCCUUUCUCCUAAACCGUUUUCUAAAGAGAACCCUUUGGAUACGUUUGCGAAUGUGAAAUCGCCCAUCACAUCUGUGAAACCGUCUAUUGGGAUGACCAGGCCACUCGUGUAUAGCAAGCUUGAGGACUCGUCCACUGCUAAGGCCUUGGACGAAAACAUGCCUUCCUUGGUUGAACCAAAGUUGGAGGGGGGAAGCCUGAGCUCAAAUGGGACUCCUUGUAAUAAUAAAGCUCUGCCCCAAACCAUACACAGCCAAAAUACCAUCAUUCUGUUUGAAACAACUGGCCCUGCCAAGCCCAAGGCGAGCCACAGCCCAGGAAGGGCAGGGGGUGAGGAACCAAAUGUAGAUGGUAUAGUGCCUCUCCAUAGACAGCCGCCCAGCGCCAAACCUGAGACGGUGGCCAAGCCCGCAUUACCUCCUAGGAAACCUGUGGGGAUCCUCCAGAGGCAGGCCUCUUUGCCUUCCGAUGAAAGGCCAGCCAUGUUGAAAACUUGGGAGAAGGGAGAAGAAAAGGAGCCCCUGCCUUCUCCUGGCAUUAAGAAUGAAGGAGGCCAUCCAUCUUUAGAGGCGCGGCCCAGGGGCAAGCGGAGGCCCGUCUCGGCCAUCUUUGAGUCUCUCCAACAUAUAAAACCCAACCCGUUAGAAACCCCCAGGGGGAAGGUGCCCCCUACUCCACCAGAGAAAUCAUGGGUCCGCAAACCUCGGCCCCUGUCUGUGGAUCUUACAGCCAGGUUUGAAAAUAAGGACAUCCUCUCUAAGAAGGUGGGCAGUCCCUUGGAGGAGAGCAAGGAGAAAGGGCUAGGUGUGGGUGCCUUUGACAGAGGACAUGGAAAAGAGAGGCCAGAGCCACUGGACAAGGCCACUCCGGUGAAGCCUAGCUUGGGAUUAAAGGAACAGGGUUUGGAUGCCCCAGACUUGAAAGACAAAGUUAAGGAACCCAACCAGAAAAUUGUGUUUAAGCCCGUGGAGGCCAGUUCUCCUGAAACUUCUAUGAACCCGGCUGAGGCUUCUGUCAGAAAGGGCCGGAACCUCCUGGACCAGAAGCCCAAACAGGAGGGGGACCCAGACUACAAGGAAACUGAGGGACCAGUUCCUUUGCCUAGAUCGGAAAAAAGCCCAGAACUUGCAGAGGGGAAAAACCGAGCAGCUGAGGAGGAUGAGAGGGUGACCCAGAGGGACAGCCCUGGAAGGGGAGAGUGGACCUCAAGAGGGAGCGUCAAGAAAAGAGUCAGUCUGUUUGGGUCAGAAAGCUUCUCCUCUUGGCCGAGCACUGAAUCUCCUGCUCCAGGCCCUGACAAGGAGAAAGGUAGUGUGAAAGUCCAGGAUCGGAUCAAAGAGUGGAUGGUGGAGAGCCCUGAGGUGCCCCCCGAGAGGAGGAGGAAGUCCUUCCAGGCAAGGCCCCUGUCUGCUGACUUGACUAAAUUGUUCACGAGGCCAUCUUUGGACGGUGAGUCGAGACUCGAGAAGAGUCCUGCUUCUAGCGGGGAGCUACAUCAAGAAAGCGUUUUCCAAGAAAAGAAUAAAGAAGGGCACAUUUUGCUCAGAACGGAUUUGAACAAAGCAUCUGCUGCCAGAAACCAGUGGAAGACUGUGAAGCCUUGGGAGAAAACCAGACAGAUUGAAAGGAAAUUGAGCUCUGGUAAUGAGCCAGACGGCUCCCUUUUCCUGAGAGAGGAUUCCACUGUGGCUCCCCAUCCUCCCGAAGCCCACUCGCCACUCUCCAUGGCUGAAGAAGAUGGGGACUUUCAGACCGUCAGGGCGACGGUGUUUGAGAACAACGUGGUGAGGUACAACGUGGCUGACCGUCCCCUGCUGACAAGCUCCAGGGAGUCGAUCAGAAAAUAUAGCGAGUCUCCCAGCCUGGGAGAAGAGAAGGCAUCCUGGUUAGGGAAGACCCCGGGAGAGAGCAUGAAUGUCAGAAGUGAGAAUUCCAAGUGGGUGGAGAACCUCGGUGCAGAGAAGUCGGGGCGGAGUAGCCUCCCGGAUGAAGAAGAAAGGCCAAUGAAUGCCACCCCGUUGGAAAAGCAUCCUGGGGGUGAAAGAUGGAAUGUCUCCUCUGCGAAGCAAAUAGGAAAUAAUCUCACGUACCAAAGAAUCGAGCCCGUAUAUGACAUUGUCCAAAUGACUAGUGAAAGGAUCUCCAGCGAGGCUGUUUUGAUGGCCCCCGAGGAAAAGGCCAUGACUCUUAGGACUAACAAACAGCUGUCUUCUGUGAAAGAGAAGCAGGGUUCUCGGAGUGAAGGUCUUGGCAUGAAGCAGCAGGGGAGACUGGACGUUAAAGUGGGCUCUUCCCAAACUUCUGGUUUGGUUGGGGAAGCUCCAGAGAGGCUGGAAACAGCUUCCCCGAGGUCUGAAUUCUAUGAACCCAAAGACAUGUUGGGUGGGAACUCAUUGCUCCCCAAUAGGAUAGCUGAGAAGCCCUAUUUAGGAACCCAGGCCAAGGCCCCUGGGAUAGUGGGCAAUGACAAAGCCUCCCACCAGAGUGCCAAGGAAAAGAAAAAUUCAACCCGUGUUCCUGAGACCAUGCUGGUCAGAAUAACCCAGUUAGAUCCUUAUGAUGUACAGCAAGAGAACACUUCCAUGGGAAUGAGCAAGGUUGAUGCUCUAAGUCCCGGGGAAAGAAGGAGCCGACUUCAUGAGUAUUUUAAUAGCUCCCAUCCCAGGACAGAGCUGAGGGCCACCGCUAAAGAGGAAUCCUUUGACUUCAGGUUAAGGAGACACGUAGGUUCAAGGUCCACGAGGAAAGACAUGGAUGAAGAAAAUGAAUGGAUCCAGGCCCACGCUCCAGAGCUGGAAGCCAGCGUCGGGAAACCAUCUAGCAUGGAUCUGAGAAUCUCAGAAAGAUGGCGCCGGAGGACGUUGCCUCAUGAUGUGAAGUUUGAUGAGUUCAUCUCGUUCCCCACUGAACCAUCCAAGAGGCUGGGGAGACGAGCGGAUUCUCUCUCGCCUGGGGAUACCUAUUUCAAAAAGAGUCGGCAUACUCAGGAUGGGUCAGAUUCAAAGGAGGCUAACUGGAUUAUAUCAUGGGAUGAAAAGGAUGGCGUCCCCAUGCCGCAGUCACCUCGGAGGCCCAGGGAGACCUAUUUUGCUGUAACAUAUCAGAUCUCUGGGAACAAAAGAGAAUAUAACACAGACAAUUCUGUUUCUGAAAACAGGAAGCCGUCUCCUCUAGGCAAAGAUGAAGCAGUCAAUGUUCAUCCUCCAAGAAAACUCAGCUUUUUGUCCGAAUCGUUUUCCAACCGUAGGUCCGCACCUUUGCACGCCCGAGUCUCACCAGGAAACUUGGAUAGGAAAAACUGGCAGGCCAAAGAGAAGGACCAGGAAAACCUCAGUUUUUCCAAGAAUCUGAGGUCCAGCGACCAGGAAGGGCUUCCUGAAGAGCGAUGGACGAGACAUGCUGAUGGCAAAGGAAUAGGUGUGGAUGGUUUGUGUGUUAACCAAAAGUCGGGAAAUGUCAAUAUCCCCAUUGAUUCCGAAGAUGAUGGAAGCAAGAGGUCUUCCAGACCUUCUGACCAUUUAAUGUGUUCAUCAAAGAACCUCUUGACCAGAAGGAAGCAGGGGGACACCCAUGAAUCUCCCAGGGCCAAAGCUGAGGAUGGUUACAGGUCCAGCGUCCUUGACAUUGAUGCCCUUAUGGCAGAAUAUAAAGAAGAAUCCAUGAAAGGUGGUGAUCUCAGGGACUGGAAGGAGGACAGAGCACUGGCCAGCCAAAGUGGAUUUCAGUGGGAGAGACCAGGCGCCAGGAGUUCUGCAGACCACCUUUCCCAGAGGUAUGACUGGAGAGCCCAGAAAGAGCCCCAGGAUCCACCAGCUUUCAGGAAGACGGUGAAUCUCCUGGGACAGCAGCGACACAGAGCCGAGGAAUCCAGCUCAAUGCUGCACUCUGGAUCUGAAACGAGCCUGGAGAAGACGGAGUCCUCCACUCGAGAACUGAAUAGACAGAAGACUCCCAGCACCAGACUCACCCCUCCGCUCUGGGCCAUGCCUCAGUCUGGGCUUUCUGAUUCACCUUCUGACACCUGGAAGAAAAUACCGCCUCCUGAAGAGGAGAAAAAAGAUGUGGCAUCUGCUAAUAAGCCCCAGAACACCAAAUCCCAGAAUCCCAGAACCGAGUCGAGCACCCCCUUAUUUGAGGAUAAAAAUGUGGAAACAAACUCACCCCCCAUUGUUCAUGAUGGGAUCUUAUUUGAAGAUGAAAAAUGGGCUCCCCGAAACUCUAUGGGGAAAAGGGAGAAAGCGGGCUCUCUUCAUGGGAGAACUAAAGUCAGGAGGGGAGAAUACGAUUUGGACUUUACAAACACGCCUGGGGACAUCAAGCGUUCUUAUUCAGAGAAGAUAGCCCCCGCUGCAGUCCGAGAGGGUCAGUCUCUCAUGCUGGAGGCCCGAGAAAGAAGGAAGGAACAACUGAAAGCCCAGCAGAGUCUCCCUGAGGAGAAUCUGGAGAGCACCAUGAUCCACCGGGCAUUCCCACACUGGGAAAGGACAUCCAGCCCUCCCAAGGUAUCACAGGACUUUGAAAAAGAAAGGGUCAGGCUGGCGAACAAUAAAUCCCCUUCCAGAAGUUUCACUCCUUUGCCCAUGUCCUUGCCCAGGAGAAGUCACAGCUUCUGCAAAGAGAAGAAAAUUGAGCCUUUUAUGGAUCAACUCAAACAGUGUUUUGCAAGGCAGCCUCCAGAGGCCAAGGAUACAGACACCCUAGUGCAGGAGAACGACAGCCAGUAUGGCACUUGGAACGAUCCCCGGCAGAGUGGGGAGAGCUUUGCUCCUGAAUCUCCUUCUCCCGACAGCAAUGUCACUUCAGUCCGAAAACAGCCUCCCAGUAGCCGGCUUUCUUCCCUGUCAUCCCAGACAGAGCCAGCCUCCCCUGCAGAUCCCGGCGACUCCUCCAGGGAUCAAAGAAGCACAAGCCUGGACCGUUCCAGCACAGACUUGGAUUCAACUGAUGGGACAGAGGGAGCUCCCUCUUCAGACACUGCUGGCCUGGAGGGGAAGGUGGAUGACUUCUCCUUCAUCAAUCAAACAUCGGUCUUGGACUCCAGUGCCCUGAAGGCGCGCGCCCAGCUGAGCAGGAGGAAUCGGCGGCGGGCCCCGAUCUCGCACUCGCUCCGGAGGAGCCGGGUCGGCGAGGCUGACAACCAGUCCUCAUCGAUGGAAGAGGCCGACAGUGCUUGGAUGUUUAAGGAUUCCACAGAAGAUAAAUUGGUCAAGAAGGAGGAGUCGGACGAAGAAGAGAAGCCGCCCAGGUCAGAGAGGACUCCAGUUAGCCAGCCCCAGCGGCUGCCCAUCUUCCCAGGCGUGGAUCCUUCCGUGCUCAAGGCUCAGCUUCGGAAACGGAAUGAGGUGGACAGCCCCGGGGACGGCCAGGCUUCCGCCCAGCUGUCAAAGUCUCCCAAAUCUCCUUUCCAGCCUGGAGUCCUGGGCAGCCGCGUGUUACCCACGAGCAUGGAGAAGGAGGAGAGGUCAGAAGAAAUGUCUCCACAGUGGCUGAAAGAUUUGAAAUCCAAGAAGAGGCUGAGCCAGUAUGAAAAUCAAGCUUGAAAAGGUAUAAGAAUGCUGAAGUCUCAUUAACAGAAGCCUUAAUUGUCCAAUCCUGAAGACAAAAGUCCUGCUGCUCUCGUUUGCUUCCUGCCUCUGCGGUUAGGUGCCUGAAAGGCCACGAAAGCUGCUUAGUAUUUCGAGUCCAAGAUGGGGAGACGCUCUUGUUGGUUCCUAAAGGGAAGGAGAGUCGCUGUGGAGGAGGUUGAAGCCAGAGCUGGCCCUUCUGAAGGCUCCCCAGGGCUGCGGAGAGUUCUCUGUAUUCCCUUGUUGUUGUUGUUUUAAGUGAAACCCCUCAUUUCCCCCCACUUCAGAUACCUUCAGCGGCCGCAGAGACCAUCACCUUCCUUGAGCAUCUGACCGGGCUGGGGUGAGGAGGGAGGCUGGCCUUGUCUCCGUGGCCUCUGGACCUAUCUGAAUUGGGACUGUGCCCAUUUCUCCCUGUUGGAAAGAUUUGAGUUUCCACGGGGCACGGAAGGACCAGUGGGCUUCCUGCCAUGCCCGUGGCGCCAAGGGCACACGCUGAUUCUGUAAUAUAGUGUUUUUUGAUCAAUACUCCCACUGGUUUCUUACCCUCAGAGAUUUGCAGGCCUGAUUGUAAAAUGCACCAAUGAGCGGAGGGCCAGCCUUGCUGCGUGGGGAGCGUCCGUGGCAGCAGAGCUUGGCCAACCGCAUUGUUGGAUGGCCAUUUUCUGGUCUUCAGAGGUGAGGGAGGGGGACAAAGCAAUAAUCCCACUGAUUCUCUUUCCCGCCUGAUGUGUAGAUAGAUGGGCUUUCUUUGUGAAAAGAAGGGAAGGCAUGCGUGGUGUAGGGCUCGGUCUCAUGUCUUCCAACACCUCAGGUUCUUCCCACCCGAUUCUUUUGGUCAUUGUCUUUGUAAAUACCUUUUGCUUCCUUCCCUCCUGGCUCCGAUUUUGGUGGCUUAACCGAUCUCCCUGGGGUCUCUAGCCUUCUCCAGAGGAACUGCAGACUAAGCCACAUGGGUGUCCAUUUAGCAAGAGGGGAGAACGUUGGCUGGCUGGGUUCCCCCCUUCUCCCUGGAGCCAUUUCCAUAGUCAACAUGUCUAGAGACUCCAUGUUAGUUAUACUUUGGGCUUCCUCUCUAUCCUGCCCCCACUCUUUUUUUUGUUCUACUCUGUUUAAAGAAAAAAAAAGUGCUCUUUUCAAAGAUCCAAAUGUAAGUAGAACGAGCUUCCUGAAAUUCCCAACCUCUCCCCGGACCAGAGCCAAGACAGGGAUGGAGAGACUGGUCUAGAGGAUAUGGGUUUUCUUUGUCUACUCCCUUUCUAAAGCAAAGUGCCCACGAACUGCCUUCUUCCACAAUCUCUAGGGAUCCUGGCUUUCCCCCCAACACCUCUGCCUUUUGGGUAGCUCAGUUUUCUCCUGGCAUCCCCCUCUCCUGAUGCCCAAGAUCCCAGCUAACCAUCGGGGACUGCCUAUACCCACAGCCAUUUUGUGGGCCAUGAGUGGCCACAAACUUCGUGCCAACCCCAUUUGAAGGAAACCAUGGAGAAGCAAAGGCUGGCAACUGGCACAGUCUCAGAGCAUCGUGGGGCCGAGGUCUUCUGAGAAGCCCUCGAGGAGUGUGAGGUCUUCUCUGGCCCCAUCUUGAGAGUGGAAGGAGACUCCAGACCGCCACAUGGAUAACUUGAGCAUACGUGUCUCCGCCUUGUCUCAGGGUAGGAAGACAGAAGGUGCCAGGAAGUCUGAAUUUAUCCCAUCCCCUCAAGUUCAUUCAUGGUCAUUGAACUCUCAGCAAGGAAUUCCUGGUGAAACCUUCCCCCGCCUUCCAUCCCUCCUUUCCAGUGGAAGAGCCUCCAACAUCGACACUCUAGACUUCCAGUCAAGGCCAAGAAUGUGGGAUGAGAUCAUUCCCUUUAAAUCCUCUGCUGGACCCGUUAAGUGGCACUGUUGACUCGUCUUUAGAUUCAUUUAUUUCUGGACCAUUCAUUAGCCAUUGGCUUUAUGGGGGCCAAAGUUCUUUUCUCACCCCGUAUAGCACUUAGCUUGGUGUUUACCCAACAACCAACUGCUCCAGUGGCCAGCUGGUGUAUAUUUAAUGGGGAUCGCCCCUCAAGGGACCUCAUGUUGGAGUUGACCUCCAUGGAGGAUCCUGGCUCUGAGGACCCUAUAAUACAGAAAUAGUCUGGAUGCAGAGAAGGGGGGCUGCUUAGUGAGGAGUCUCACCCCCUGCCCGCAUUCCCUGCUCCAGCCAGGUGAUCAUUUUAAGGCCCAAUUUGUAUCUUUUCUCAUGCAUCACUGUGGAAAUCAUUACUAUAGGAGGGCUUUUCCACAGUCAACAAUCCCAUUAAAUGGCUCCCACGUAGCUCCUCAGAGAAUUAUCUUCCUUCCAGGCUGGGAUGAGAUCAAGGGCCAUUUGGCUGUACAGAACCCUCAUUGAGAUGUGACCCUCUGUGUUUGGCCAGUUUGGCCACCCACUGGACAGUAUUUUAAUUGAGAGUGAGAAAUGUUAAAGCAUGAGUGUGUCCUUCACUCCAGACCUCACUGGCCUUCAGAGUGAGAUUCAUGGCCAAGAAAAAACAAAACAAAACAAGAAACCCUCCAUUUUCUUCUUGGGCUCCACCAUCUAAAGUCACAGUAACCGAACUGUCCUUGGGGACUUUACCUUGAAGUCCUGGGUAUCGACAACGUUCUGUUUUCAGCCUUCCCUAGUGCUGCGAAAAUGGCUCACGCUGGAGACGUGCCCUUUUGCUUUCUCUUAAUUUUUGUUCUUUGCUGAUACAGCAAUGGUGAUAUUUAGAAAUCCAUCAAGAACUCCCCGGUGACUGAUCCAUUUCUGCUUUUGCUAGGACAUACCCAACUUUUGCUUAACUUGGGCUUCAGGGCUAGACUGAAACUCUCUCUCUGACUACCCAAGAACCCCCACCAGUGUCCAGCAUGAGCCCCCUUUCAUGUAGAUUUGGAGCUCCGUUGCCUUAAUAGCUCUUGGUCAUUUGCAAGGCAAUUUAACUAUUUUCCACUUGACCAACACUUCCCUAUUUGGUAAUUCUUCCAGGAGCCCAUAAGCCAUAUUCAGAAUGUAAAAUUAUUUUCGCUUACAAGCUUUCUCUUCCCUCUUUUCUCUUCCACCUUUUGGCAGCAGCCAGCUGCUGGAGGCUCCCGGUCCUACUGAGCAGAGAUCAUUGUCCUUUACCAUCCUCUACCACCUAAACUCUGGAAUUCUGACUUGGGAAACCCCAGUGGAAAUCUCCAACCUUGCAAUAACAUGGAUCACAACUUCCAGUUGGGGCUCUCCAUUUUCCUGAGGAAUUCUCCCCAAACAGAAAUCUGAUUUAGUUUAUUUUGAGCCCAAGAGCUUAGGUUUAUUAGUUGCCUGGUGGAACAGCCAUCAACUUGGAAUAAUUUCGAAGCCGCAGGGACCAACGGGAUCUCUUUUUUGGUAGCAGUUCUGCUUGUCUCUUAAGUGGCCUCCAUAAAUGUCAUCAGGCAGAGAGACAGAGAGAGAAAAGAGGCCAAGCCAGGGGCCUGAUGUCCCUAAACAACCAUUUGAGCAAGCGAUUCCAAGAAGCCGUAGAAAUAAAUUAUCCAGAAGAGACGUCAGCCCUUCAAACUGUUGCUGCUGACUGCUUUAUCAAUUUAUGGUUUUAAUCUUUUAGCAGAGUCUCUCUGGGGCUCCAGGACCAGUACAUAAUUACAAAUAUGCAGAUCCUUUAAUUGUGCAAUAGAUAACCCCAGAAACUCCCCCUCUGGGGCCCAGGGAGAAGAGGGGAAACAUGACUAAAUUCUGACCUAAAUGUCUGCACCAAGGACUCCGCAGCCUCUUGGACCAAAUUGGGAAAUGAGUCCCCGGUGAAAGAAAAGCUAUAAAUAGAAUAAUCCUUCUCCUUCCCAAAUGCUCCCAGUGGCCCAGCCCAAGAGCAGACGAGCCCAUUGGUUCUGCCGCUGGACUCUUAACUCCGUUGUUGUCUUCAGUGUGUGAUUUGGGGGAUCAGGAAGGAGCAAGAUGGAUUAAUUCCAUCUGCACUCUUUGGGAGAUCACCUUUAAAAACUGGCCACAUUUAGAUGGGCCGAAGAAGAGACGUCACCUAAAAGCAUCUCGGUGUGCCUUUUUCUUUAGAGUCCACAGCUUAAAAUCCCCAUGGUGGGUGGCUGUAUCAUGUCAGGACAACAGUAUUGCAGAGGGGCUAGAAAUGAGUGGUUGACGAGGGGAGGGAGUUGAGUGUAGCUUUCCAGUAUUCUCAGCAGGAAGCCAGGAAGGGACCCAUUGGUGGGCCGCCAUCUUUGAAUGGCUGGGAGUCGGGGGCUAUCGUGGGAUGACAAAUGUGCCAAGAAGGCGAUGCCCAAGUCAGAGCAGCACCUGUGCCCAGCGCAGGCAGACCCAGAAUCUUCCCAGUCGUUGCCGAGUCAUUCCUGUUCCUAUGGGAGUAGCUGCUCCAUCCAAACAGAAGAGGCUGUGAAGAAGUCCAUGUUGGGCCUGACCUGGCCGGUUAUUUUUGACUUUGAUUUCCAAGCCUGGCUCUGAUGGUGUCCUGUGGAGCAAGAGAUGAAGGCGGGUGGGAAUAAAGCCCAGCGCUAACCUCGGGAAAGGUACUGGAGGAGACUUCUCGGAUGUUAACUCUGAAAAGCCAGAAAAGCCCGGAUCCACGGAGACGUUCUCCCCAUCUCCCUUCUCUUCCCCACUCCCCAAAGCACUGGGGAGCUCAUGUCCGGAGUGGCCACUCCAAAGCCCGGAUCCACGGAGACGUUCUCCCCAUCUCCCUUCUCUUCCCCACUCCCUGAAGCACUGGGGAGCUCAUGUCCAGAGUGGCCACUCCAAAGCCCGGAUCCACGGAGACGUUCUCCCUAUCUCCCUUCUCUUCCCCACUCCCCGAAGCACUGGGGAGCUCAUGUCCAGAGUGGCCACUCCAAAGCCCGGAUCCACGGAGACGUUCUCCCCAUCUCCCUUCUCUUCCCCACUCCCUGAAGCACUGGGGAGCUCAUGUCCGGAGUGGCCACUCCAAAGCCCGGAUCCACGGAGACGUUCUCCCUAUCUCCCUUCUCUUCCCCACUCCCCGAAGCACUGGGGAGCUCAUGUCCGGAGUGGCCACUCCAAAGCCCGGAUCCACGGAGACGUUCUCCCUAUCUCCCUUCUCUUCCCCACUCCCCGAAGCACUGGGGAGCUCAUGUCCGGAGUGGCCACUCCAAAUUCCUGGGAAUGAGAAUUAACCGGGUUUCUUGGUGGGGAGGAAGGAGGGAGAGAGCAGCGACCCCUCUUUUGAGCAGACUGGGCUCUCCCUGCCAGCAUAUUACAUAGAGUGACUGUACAGAGCAUCUGUUGUUUUUAAUAAUCUCAUUCCAGAUAGCCUUAUAGUCCCUGUAAAUACGGAGCCCCCCCCCAAAUUAAUAUAUUGUGUUAUAGAAAAUAUUUUGUACCACAUUGGUUUCCUAAGUAAUGCCACCCUCCUUGGUGUUGCGUCCUCGUAUGAAUAUGACUCCCAAGAAUGCUUUGUCGGGUUUUUAAAAAUAUAUAUUAUAUAUAUAAAAUAUUUUCUAACAUUUCUGCUGUGAUCAUUCCUCAGAUUUAGGCAGUGAUGGCAGACAGAAAUUGAGUUCUGCUAGAAAAAAAAAAUCUAUGCUCCCAGCACCCUCACUUUGUAUUGUUGCCUUAUGGGUAAGCAGGCUAGCUCUGUGAGCUCUGAACAAAUCUAAGCCAGAUUCUGGGCACUUUAGUCUUCCUCGAAAGGACCCCCGGUCAGGUGAUAGAGAACACAUCCGUACACAAAGGCCUAUAUUUUUAAUGUCCAAUCAGAAGAGAGUAUCUUAGCUUUGGGAUGCCAGCAAGUUGUUCCCAGGAGUUCCUUUGCCCCAAAGAAUUGGAUGUAAAGAAGACCUUUUAUAUUUUACCACUGAAGAGUUUCCUAUUCGUAGAAAAAAAAGCUGCUUUGAAAAUGUGAUCCAGGACUGCAAUAAAGAGAUGACCAAGAGAAAUGAUGGCCUCAUCCUGUGGGUCUUUGCAUGUGUAAAAAAUGUUGCAUUUGAACUCUGAACAUAGAAAAUAAAGCUUUGAAGCCAGUUGUAUUUCA